GACCAUCUGUGUUCACUGCCGAUCGAAUCCCGCACAAUGGCAAAGGCCUGGGAGCUGCCUGAAUGUCUGUUUCUGUAAAUUGCAGGUUUCAGUUACACUGCCUGAGCCAGAACAUGGCAAGCAUGUGGGAUCCCUGGUCAAAGCUGCUGGGAUGCACCCUUUUCCUCCUCUGGCUCCCAGGAGCAGGGUCCUUCUCCUGCAGCCACUUGGCUGUCGACUCCCCAGUUGUCAUCUUGGGAAGAAACAUCACAGCUUCCUGUACCAUCUGGAGAAACCACUGCCCCAUUACAAAGGACAGCAGAAUCCAGAUGGUUUGGAAAUUGGGCAACAAACAACUUAGGGGAUCUCAGUACAGCUUUAGCAAUGGAAUGGAAGUUUCCAACAUCACCGUUGGCCCCUUCAAGGAACCUGUGACGUCCCUGAGCUGCUGUGUGCAGGAACAUGGCAUCCCACAGGUUAUGAACUUCACCCAGAUCCAGGCUGGAUACCCUCCAUCCCAGCCUCAAAACCUCACCUGUGUCCUCAACAUGACCUCCAGGACCCUGGCGUGCCAGUGGGACCCUGGGCAAGACAGCCUCCUCCCAACCCGUGUUGCCUUGAAGGGAUUCCGGAGCUCAAGGGAGUGCAAGCCCCUGGACUCCAUCCCAGAUUGCGUUCCUGAGCCCAGCCAGCACUCCUGCACCAUUCAACGCCUGAACCUCCAGCUGUAUCAAAAAAUGCUUUUCUGGGUGUCUGCGAAAAACGCCCUGGGCACUGUGACCUCAGAGCCCUUGUGUGCUGACCCCAUGGAUUUAGCCUGGCUGGAGCCCCCGACCAUCCAGGACGUCAGGUCCAUGCCCGAGACUGACUGCGUGUUGGUAACAUGGGUGGCAGCAAAGGACAGCAACCACAUGGAUCAGGCAUGUGACCUGCGCUACCAGGUGGAAGGCAGCCCGGAGUGGAGCCUUGUCCGCAAUAUCACCACCACCCACUGGCAGACCCAGCAAUGCGGCUUCCUCUUUGGCAGACUCUACCACUUCCAGAUGCGCUGCAGGAGACUCCCUCUCAGCUACUGGAGCAACUGGAGCCUGGCCAAGCUCUUUACCACACACGAAAAAGCACCUUCAGGAAAGCUCGAUGCCUGGUGGAAACUGCAAGAGACAGGGAAGGGGACUGAAGUGCAGCUGCUGUGGAAGCCGAUGAAGCCAAAUGAGGCCAAUGGCAGAGUCCUGGGGUACUGGGCAGCACUCAGUACCAGUCAACACAAUGGCAUUCCACAAUCUCUCUGCAACACCACAGAGAGGCAGUGCACAUUCUUGGUGCCACCAGGAACCCAGAGGAUUUAUCUCACAGCCUACAACUCUAGAGGUGCAUCUCAACCCACAGAAAUCUUCUUGCUGGAGAAAAAAGGUCAGCCUGUGUUCAAGAUCCAGGCCUCCCCACACAACGAGAAGAGCUUCCAGCUAUGGUGGGAUCCUCCAGUGACCCCAGCUACUGGAUAUAUUGUUGAGUGGCAUAGAGUGACCUCUGCAGCAGAGGAUUACAUCGAAUGGAAAAAGCUGCAGAAUGGAAGCAUCACACAAACCCUGAUCCAAGAAAACAUUGAACCUUUCCAGCGCUAUAACAUCUCCAUCUACCCGCUCUACAGGGACAGAGUGGGGAUGCCCCAGACAAUGGAAGCUUACACAAGGCAAAAAGCUCCAUCCCGCAGCCCCAAAGUUCAUCCCAGCAACAUUGGGGUAACCACAGCUGAAGUCCGGUGGGAACCCCUCCCCAUUGAAGAGCAGAAUGGGUUCAUCACCAGCUACACUCUCUUCUGGAUCAAUCCCAAUGAAGACGCUAGAAGUAUUGUUGUGAAUGCUUCUGUAGACACCCUCACCAUCUCAGGUCUUUGGCCUUCAAGAAUGUACAGCCUGCAUAUCAUGGCCUCUACAGUGGGUGGGAGCACCAAUGGGACUGAUCUUGUGAUCACCACCAAGGCAAUGGACGACCUGGACAUCACCAUUGUGUACUUACUCAUUGGGCUGCUCUUGGCCAUGAUAAUCGGCAUGGUCAUCUGCUUUCAGAAGAGCAAAAGGAUGAAGACGCAGUUCUGGCCUAGCGUCCCUGACCCAGCCAACAGCAGUCUGGGCAAAUGGGCCCCCGCUGUUCUUCAGGAGGAGACCCUCCAGGCUCCCAAGGCAUGUGAGCUCAGCCCUGUCAUUGUUUCUGCCAUCUUAGUGAUUGAAACAGAUGAGAAAAAGUGCCUUUCCUGUGGGAAGAGUGAGCCCAGCCCAGCCAUGGAGGACAGCCCAGCAGGCCUCUCUGACUCUUAUGCCCGUGAAACCAAGGGAGCUUUACCAACUGGGGGCUCAGUGCCAACCUCCUAUAUGAAUAGCCCAGAGUCUGUUCAGUAUGCCAAGGUACUGGGGGGCAGUUACUGCAGUCAGCAAGAAGCAUCACCUACCUUCUACAUACGGUCCAGCUCCAGGCAACCUCUGCUCCGCAGCUUGACCCCCAGCCCAAAGCCUUACAAGAACCUGUGGUUCCACAGUGACCAGCCAGAACGAGCAACCAGCUCCAGCUUCCAAGAGGAGGCCGUUUUCCUGGAUGGGGCCCUGCUGGAUUUCCCACUGCUGCAGGGGCUCAAAAUUGAUGGGGAUGAAGACCUUUGCAACUUCCGAAGGCUAUAGGACCCAGCUGACAUCCCAGGGCUGCAGGGGGAGUGGCCUGCUCUUUUGGUUCUUCUCCGUUCC